UGGCCUGUGGCCAUGCUGGGGCACUGUCUUGACAGAUUUAGUCGAAUAAAUCGACCCCAGCAAUUAUUUUUCAGGUCUGAUUGAUACAGCGGUAGACCACGAGCUCAAUUGGUCUACCUUUGAGAUGUAACCAGAUCAAUUAGAGAUGGUUGGUUCUGGCAGGGCCCGGUUGAAGGCGUGCUUCCCCCACGACCCGCCUAGAAAUAAGUGGGCGAAGAUGAGAUGAGAUGACACUUAUUCUAUCAGUCGCUUUUGCCGAACGGCCGAGUUACAUUGAGUAAAGAAACCAACAUCGAUUGCUGGGCAGUGCGGGGACAGAUGUAAAGACACGCAUAUACAUACAUACGAGGAGUUUCCUCAAAGUUUCUGUCUACCAAAUCCACCCGCAAGACGUUGUUCGGCUCGGGGCUUUAGUAGAAGACACUUUCCCUAGGUGUCGCGCGGUGGGGCUGAACCCGAAAUUAUAUGUUUGCAAAGCGAGCUUCGUAACCACACAGCAAAACGUAAAACCUAAUUUAAGAUUAACGUUUGCUCGUUCUGAUUUGAUCAAAAAGUUACUUGAAAACUUAUUUCACAUAAGAAAUGGCUGAUAUAAACAGUACGUUGCUGGUAAGACAUUUACCAUCCCAGCUCACCAAUGAAGAUAAAGAAAAUUUGCUCUUUCAUUUUGGAGCCAUCAGAGUUAAAGUGUUAGAUAAUUCAAUGAAGCAUUGUGCCUUUGCAACAUUUAGUGAUGAAGAAGCUGCCAAAAAUGCUUUAGAAAGACUCCAUCAAUUGCAAGUGUUGGAUAAGAAACUUGUUGUAGAAUUUUCCAGAAAAUCCCAGCAGGAACACUUUCCAAAAUUUAUUGAUAAUGAGAGAAAACCACAGAAGGAUGACAAAAGGAAUUCUAAACAGGAAACAAGAGAGAAGAGAUUUGAACCAAAACCUCACAUCGAUGAGGCCUAUUUGAAAUGGGGCAUCCAGUACUGUGCAAACCCCCGUCUCAGUUACAUUUACCCACCACCAACUGUAUCGAUUCUUACCAACAUUGCCAAUGCUUUGGCAUCGUGUCCAAAAUUCUAUGUCCAGGUCCUUCAUUUAAUGAACAAAAUGAAUAUUCCUGCACCGUUUGGAAGUGUUACUCAAACUCCACCAAUUCCAAAUGACAGUGGACCCCAAGAGAAAGAUAAUUUAAGUAUGGAAGAAAUGGAAGUUUCAACAACUGAAGAAUCUGAGUUAGAAUCAGAUUCUGAAGGUCAAAGACUAACUCAUGCGGUGGAGCCCUCAAGAAAGCGAGUUCUAAAGAAGAGGAAGAAGCUAAAACAAGACUGGAAUGCUUUGAAGCAGAGUAUGACAGAAUCUAUUAAAUUACCUUCAACCCUACCUGCGUAUUCUGCUCGUGAUGUUUUUGACCAGGCAAAUCUACAAUCAAAGAAAAUCUCCAUCAAGUUACCUGACACAGUUGCUGUUGAAGAACCAUCUGGAGACUUAACAAUAAAUAUGGAUACAGAGACACUUAAAACAAAUGAACCUGCAGACCUGGAACAAAAUUCUUCAGGUUUUGGUAAGAUUGCGCCUUUAGAAAAGCCGAAUUUACCUGUAGAAGAGGUAGAAGAUGAUAAAUUCAAAAACAUUCAGUUUGUAUCAACUGAGAAACUCCGACAAGGAAGGAUAUCAUCGAAAGAAAUGAAAGAACUGUCAGUCUUCAAAAACUAUCAACCUGGUGAACCAUCAAGUCGACUUUAUAUAAAAAAUCUUUCCAGACAUGUCACUGAGGAUGACUUGUGGAAGAUAUUUGGUUUCUACAUCAAUUCCAAAAAUGAAGAUGAAAGGAACAUGUUUUACAUCAGACUCAUGCAAGAAGGACGGAUUCGAGGGCAGGCCUUUAUUACUCUUCCAAAUGAAAAAGUAGCCAAAGUAGCCUUGGAAGACACUAAUGGCUUUGUUCUCUACAACAGACCUAUGGUAGUACAAUUUGCCAGGUCUGCAAAACAGAAAGAAGGGGAGAAAAAAUAGAAACUGUAUUUUUAUUACUUGAAAAUAAUUAAUUGUAAAUAAAACAUCAAAUAUUUUCUACUAAUGUA